UUAACAAAUCAGUAUAGUUGAUACACCGCUGUUGUCCACAUUUUAGGGCUGCCCGUGACUUCCCGUAAUUACAUUUAAUUGAUUGUGAACGUUCUAGAGGUGUGACCGUGGGCACUGUGCUUUAUAUUAUACGGGAGUAAUAUAUAUUUACAAACAGAACUCUCUCAGAACAGAGAGGGAGCCAGCUUUUAAGAUGAAGCUCUCCCUGGUGUUUGAACUACUUCUGAUAUUCGUGCUACUAGCAUUUGCUGCGUCCAAGAGCGUAAAAAAGCAAAAGAAUAAAAAUAAUGGCAUCCAGAAUAGAGACGACACGGAGAAACCGGAAGAUAAUACUAUAAACAAAUAUUGCAAGUGUACGGAUGCAUAUUGCAACUGCUGCAGGGACUUCCAACUACCCGUCGUCAAUUUAAAUGGACCAGGAUGUGCCUCAUUGAUGUAUUUGAGUGGUGAUAAAAUGUCGGUUUCCCUUAGUUUUGGAAAGAAAGUCAUUACAAACCGCACGCUUUCAAGUCGUAAACCAAGUCCAGUAUGUAUGCCAUUGCCUGGAAGAGUUUCAAAGUUCUGCGGACGUGUAUAUAAUAUAGCAAGGUCUGGCGAAGAAUUCAGAGCUUGUCUUGGUUUAGAACUCCAAUCGAAAAGUGUCGUCGAAGCAGCUGUAAGAGUGUCUUGCUUCAAGUUUGGUCCUAGAGGAGUCACAUCAGAGCCAGCUGAUCCACUACCAUUAGUACCGGAAGGUGAAAGAGAUGAAGAUGAUGAUGAUGAUGAUGACGAUGAUGACUUUGGUCUUGGUGGUGAUGACGAUGACGAUGAAGAGGACGACGAUGACGAUGAUGAUGAUGCCACCAAUGAUGUAGACACUGCUGACUAUACAGGAUUUAGUCUUAUUCCUGAUGAUAUUUUGGGUGGUUUGUUCGGAUCAUCAAGUGGAAAGAAAUCUAAUAAAAAUAAAAAGAAACAAGCACCACUAUCUACCACAACUACUACUACUACAACUACUAGACGCCCUCGUCCAUCGCGGCGUCCAUCCAGGAAACCUGUUACUAGAACAACACCUAGACCCGUUACUAGAAGUACCACCGUAAAAGUGCGACCAGCAAGCCGACGACCGACGCGAAGACCUUCAAGAAGACCAACUAGGAAGCCCAGUACAACGGCAACUGUUACGGAAGCUUCAACAACAUUGCCAGUCAUAACAACAUCACCGGAAGCAAAAAUACCUGUUGUAUCCCUUUCUUCAGGUAGUGUGUCUACUGAACGUGAUGAAUUUAUGAGUACAGCUCAUGAGCAAACAUUUGAACCAGUAAUAAUUGUUACUCAGAAACCUCAAUCAUCUAUGCCAGCAACUACUUCUAAAAGUGUGACAAAUUUCGAUGAUCCAGGUCUAGAAAUGUCAUUAGCACAUAUCACCGGACAAUUGGCUGCUAUGCCUGUAACUCCGAUAGUCCCAAAUGCAGCCAAAGAUUCAGGAAAAACUGCGAGUAGAGUAGAAAUGAGUUAUGAGAAAGUUGAAACCUAUACACCCAAGAAUCCAUCUACUGUUUCUUUAGUGACUUCUGUAGAAGAAGUUAAUGAUGAUAUGGUACAAGUGGUGGAUAAUUUGGACUCAAAAUCUGAAGAACUAUUUGAUAUUAUUAAGGAACCAACUCCAGAAGAAAGUAGGUCACAUUAUUAUAGUGUGUCAAGUCCAGAAUCUGAUAACAAAGAAAAACGAAAGCAGAAAAGGAAAAAUAGAGACAACGAGGAAUUCCAGUUGGAAGAUUUAGAUGUGUUACAUUUGGAUGAUAUUGGUGAAAGUUUAGGUCAUCAGUUAGGUAUUUUUGGAGGAAAUAAAAAAUAUAAGAAAGAUAAAAAAGAAAAUAAAAUACGGGAUGGGAAAAAAGAUACUGAUGAUUAUGGUGACUUUUUUGGAUUAGAUGCAUUUGACUCUAUAUUACCCACUAAAGAUAAUAACAAAAAUAAAAAGAAUAGGAGAAGACAAAAUAAAAUGAUGAAAGGAGAAUGGUCUCAAGCGUAACGUUAAAGUCAAUUUAGUGCUAAAUAAUUAAGUUUUAUUUUUUUUCACCAAGUGUUUAUGUAUUGUGUGUGUAAAUAGUGAAAUUGUAUAAAUGUUUAUUUAUUUGGUAUGAAUGU